CCAGGUCACGGUCCACGGAAUACAUACACUCCGACAUAGCUUUUUGUUAUCACCCGGCUCACAAUCGGAACGAGUUUACAAUCCCCGAUCACACCCCAAAAAAAGGUCAUCGGUUGACUAACCAAGCACCACUGUUCAAUGGAUUUAUAGUUGAAUGCGAUCAGACUACGUCAUUUCCGAUCGGGGAUUCUAAAGUUUAGCCUCACAAUCAAUCGACCAACUUAUGUAUAUGCAAAGAAUCAUAAUCUAAUGUUGCGCAAUAUGAUGGUAUUGUCACGUUGUGUGAAGAUUGUGCGUUAUAUCGCCCCUUUUUAAAGGACAUUAACGUCAUGAGGUUCAAGUUGACUUCUCAUAAUGACUUCAGAAACGGACGUGCUCAGUUAUGCUGAUGAACUUGAAAGUAUUCUGUCAAAUAGUGAUGAUGAAGAAUUCCAAGUCCUGAAUAAAAUUAAAAGUAGUAUCGAGGAUUCAAAGAAAUUGCAGAUUCGUAAGGAGGCAGAGAUCAACAUGGCUAUUGAAGCGCUACAGAAGGACAUGGGUGAAGCCAGCAAGGUGAAGCGACAGAUUGAUGUGGUCCAGUGCAGCAAAAACGCUUCUCUUGAAAAGGUUCAGGAGUUGAGAGAACAAUGUCAACGACUAGAAGAAAACAAGAGGGAACAUGCCCGUAUUGCAGAUCAGAGCAAUAUCAUAAGGCAGGCCAAACAUCAGUCAAAUUUGUAUUCCUCUGUGUGCAAGAUUCGAUGGCAGUUCGACAGUCAGCCAGAUGAAAUCAAAGGCUUUGUUUUAAACAGCUCAGGAGUGAAGCCAUUCUGCCUGAAUCAAAAAGAGAACUCCCAGUUUUUUAUCACAAACUACUUGUGGGAUCUUAUGGAGCCGGAUUGGGACUCAAAUUGAUUUUUGCACCAAUUGCCUGGACAUGGACUAGCCUGAUGUGACAUCUGCUGUGAACUAUUUGAGAGACAGGUCUAAAUAAAAUCAGCUUUCCUCUCAUAUAAAAACUGUCAUACAUUUGUUCCAAUUUAGAUCUAUUUGGCUCAGAUAGUUGGGAGAAACCACGCAGUGCAUACAUGGCAUAUCGUGCACUGUCCCAAAAGAAAAACUCUGCCUAAGCCAAGCAUGUUUUGUCUUGUUCAAACAACUGUGGAUGGAGAGUCACAGAUUCAUGUAUUUGUCGAAGGCACUGUUUAGUCUGUUAGCUAACUUAUACUCCAUUUUGUAAAUAUAUAGAGCAUGUAGUGUGUAAUUGUGUAUAUUGUGGUAAUUACAUUAAACCAAUCUGGUUGCUGUCAUUUAUCUAAUAAAAUGCUGUC